AAACCGGAACAGAUCCCCGCACGCGUUUUACCUCCCUUUCCUUCGCUUAUUUUGCAGAGACGAAGAAGAGAAUAGCCAUUCAAACUCUCUCUCUGCAAUUAAGCCUCUUCUCUCUGUCUCUUUGAAUCUGUGUGUCUGAAGAACCUUUUAUCUCUCUCUGUCUCUGUUUUAGAAGGCUAUAUGCAGAUCCGUGGAAGGCGGGCCCCAUUAUCCGCCAUUGCUCAGGCUCAGAUCGACGCUUUUAUAGUGUACCUGCCGUUAAACAGUCGAUACGGUGUUGUAUCGUUGAUUAUAUAACAAUCUGAGCCGUUUGAAUUGGAACGUAUAGCCGGAUCGUCGCAAUGAAGGGGACGUCGUCGAGGUUUUUCUCGAUCGGGCUGGUGUCGGCAUGGUACUCUUCCAAUAUUGGGGUUCUGUUAUUGAAUAAAUACUUGCUUAGCAAUUAUGGGUUCAAGUACCCGAUCUUCCUCACCAUGUGCCACAUGACCGCUUGCUCUCUGUUGAGCUACAUCGCUAUAGCAUGGAUGAAGAUGGUUCCUAUGCAGACGAUUCGCUCCAGGCAACAGUUCUUCAAGAUCUCCGCUCUCAGUCUUGUGUUUUGUGUGUCGGUCGUGUUUGGAAACAUCUCGUUGAGAUUCCUGCCCGUCUCGUUUAACCAGGCGAUCGGGGCCACCACCCCGUUUUUCACUGCGGUGUUUGCGUAUUUGAUGACUUUGAAGAGGGAGGCGUGGAUGACAUACGUCACGCUGGUUCCGGUUGUUACAGGGGUCGUCAUUGCAAGCGGGGGUGAACCUAGUUUCCAUCUAUUUGGGUUUAUCAUGUGUGUUGCGGCUACAGCUGCAAGGGCACUCAAAUCAGUUUUACAAGGGAUUUUGUUGUCUUCUGAAGGGGAGAAGCUGAAUUCAAUGAACCUUCUUCUAUACAUGGCUCCAAUAGCAGUCGUGUUUCUUCUUCCUGCAACACUUAUUAUGGAGGAAAAUGUGGUUGGGAUUGCCCUAGCACUAGCUAGAGAUGACAUCAAGAUCAUCUGGUAUCUACUUUUCAACUCGGCGCUAGCAUAUUUUGUAAAUUUGACCAACUUUUUGGUCACUAAACACACCAGUGCUCUUACUCUCCAGGUGCUCGGAAAUGCCAAAGGAGCAGUUGCUGUUGUGGUUUCGAUUUUAAUUUUCAGAAAUCCCGUCUCUGUCACUGGAAUGCUUGGCUACUCGCUUACAGUCCUUGGGGUAAUCCUUUACAGUGAAGCCAAAAAGAGAAGUAAAUGACGAACCAUCCAAGAAAAAGCUUAAGGUGCAAAUUUUCAAUUAUUCUGUUUUCAGCGGUGCAAAAUAGAGUGACAACAUUCAUGGAAGCAAUAUCGGGUCUUGUAGCAUCACUACUCUGUCGAUUUUGCCAUCUGGAUACCCGUUUCCAUCCGUAUCAGCUUAUGACUGCAGGAUUAGCCCAAGGUAGAAAUGUUUCAAGUGACAAUCUGUCUCUUGCAUUCCCGGAUUCGGGGUCAUAGAGGAAUGUCAUUGUCUUUCUCUUUUGUUUCUUAAAAUUUUUUUGAGGGAGGUAGGAUAUGGCUCUCAACACAAUCAGACUGUCGUUAGCAUUUGUCAUAUUGAUUCAUUAAUGAUAAAAACUUAUAGAUUUACCAUUUCUAGUGUUGUUUUCUUACAUUGAUUGGCAGAAUUAAGCCUCGUAUCUGCAAUAGCCAUUUAUUGGCCUUCUGUUUUGAGCAAAUUGAGCUCGUCAUUUGAGUAAAUUGAAAGAAGAUUUGAGCA